AUGACACCCUGUUUUGUGGCGCCUGUAUCAAUCCGACCCGGUGCACGAUCACCCACAGGAACGACGGCAUGUCAGCAGGCUGGCUGCCUCCGAUUCUCUUUAUUCCUUCCUUCAUCAAGUCACCGCCAAAAUCCCCCGGCAAGACAAGCUCACAGACACAAGGCCCCCACAAUGUUGUUUAAUUUCUUCUACAACCGCGCGGAAGACAUCGACCUAGACAAACUAGCUGAAAAACACCCGGCCGUCCUCGUUACGGAUCUCCGCAAGACCUUCAAAAAGCGCGUAAAAGGCAAAGGAAGCGAUAAAAAAGAAAACAAGAUUAUCACAGCCCUCGACGGCGUGUCCUUCAGCGCAAACCGUGGGCAGGUCCUUGGCCUUCUGGGGCCCAACUCCAGCGGAAAGACGACCACGUUGCGAUGCAUCUCCACCAUGUCUGAUCCGGAUUCCGGGACCGCCCAAAUGUUCGGAAUUGACGUGCACAAGGAUCCGUACCUUGCCAGAGAGAUGCUCGGGUUUGUCGCGCAGAGCGCGGGGCUCGACAAGGUGCUUACUGGUCGGGAGCAUCUCGAACUCUUUGCAGACCUCGCACAUCUCGAUCGCGCGACUAAACGAAGGAACAUUGAAGCAUACAUAGAAGUUUUGGGCUUGAAAGACUUUAUUGACCGUCAGGCUGGUGUGUAUUCGGGGGGAGUUAUUCGAAGACUCGACAUGGCCAUUGCUCUUCUCCAUCAACCCCCAAUCUUGAUUCUUGAUGAACCUACUGUUGGGUUAGAUGUCGAGUCUCGAAUGGUAAUCUGGAAUGUUUUGAGACACCAUCGCUCGCAAGGCGGUACAAUUAUUUUGACUUCACACUACUUAGAGGAGGUUGAUGUGCUGUCUGACAAAGUAGUCAUCAUGGACAAAGGCGUCGUUAUUGCUGAAGGGACUCCGACAGAGCUGAAAAACAGUCUCGGCGGCGAUCGCAUCUCCAUUCGCCUGCAGGAAUUUACAGAAAUGGAAGAAGCCGAACUCGCAUGCGCUACACUUCGAAAACGUGGGUUAGCGCAAGAAGCCAUCAUUAAUCGAGUCAGGAACAAUACUCUUGAGCUUGUCGUAAGCUCAUCGAACGCCCGUGUAGGAGGCGAAAUUGUCGGUGCGCUCGGAGAGAUUGGAUUCGAAAAGCUCUUCAGCUUUUCACAGUCGAAGCCAACUCUUGAUGACGUUUACCUCGCGGCUACAGGACAGAGCCUCUCCGAUGCCGAUCAGGUGGCGAAGGAGAAGAGAACAGAUAAGGCAAUGCGCCAAGAGAGUAUGGCGUGA